AUUUGAUAGGUUAUGCUGUUAUGUUAUUAACAAUUCAUUUUUCGGCUAAUGAAUUAUAGUGUAGUUUUCCUUAUUAUUCUUGAUUGUUAUAAUAUUCUAUACCUGUAGAAUAUUAGGUAUUUGUUUAUAAUUGAUUGUACACUCUUAAUAAAAUAUAAGUUUUUAAAUUCUCUUAAUGUGAUAGUAUGUUAAAUUGUUUUAUAUUGUAUUACAUAUAACUGACCUCACAACAUGAAGGUAACAGACUUUAUACUUACUGUUUUUUGCCCGAUAUUAUUCUUCAGUAUUGGUGUUAAUUCUGUUGAUCGUCAUAAUUUCAAAACUUGUGAACAAAGUAAUUUCUGCAAAAGAUGUCGCUCUAUGAACAAAAGUCAAAAUUCAAUGUUUCAUUUGGUAUCGGAUAGCAUAAUUUUAAAUGAUAAAUAUUUAGAAGCCAUUAUAGCAAAUACAAAUUAUGAAAAUGUGUUUUUGCGUAUGAGACUGGAUGGUCUUAAAGAUAAAACACUUCGUGUACGUAUAAAUGAAAAUGGAAAUCCAAUGUAUAACAGAUUUCAACCAGUUCAUGCACUUGUAUCAGAACCUAUUUUCCAAUCAAUGACAAUGGCUAGAAAUGAAACAACUAUAGAACUUGAACUAGAACAAAGUACCAUCAAAGUAUUUAUUAAUAUAAUUCCAUUUAAAUUAAAUGUAUAUGUACAUGAUGAACUUAUCAUUGGAAUCAAUCAUAAUAAUCUUAUGCAAUUUGAACAUUAUCGCCCUAAACCUGAAACUAUUCCGGACAAUGAAGUUGGUUCCUGGGAAGAAUUUUUUAAAGAACAUCAGGAUUCUAAGCCUCGUGGACCAUCUGCCGUUUCAAUGGAUUUUACUUUAUAUUCAUCAACUCAUCUUUAUGGAUUACCAGAGCAUGCAGAUUCUUUUUAUUUAAAAGAAACUAGUGGUAGUGAUCCAUAUCGUUUUUAUAAUUUAGAUGUAUUUGAGUAUGAAUUAUAUAAUACGAUGGCACUUUAUGGGGCUGUUCCAUUUUUGAUGGGCCAUGGAAAAAAAAAUAGUGUUGGAUUAUUUUGGUUGAAUGCUGCUGAAACCUGGGUAGAUAUUGCUGGAGUGAAUAAUAAUGUUGAUCAUACUUCUGUUGUUGAAUCAAUUGUGAAUUUAGUUUCUGGUUCUUCUGGUGAAAAGGAAGUACCUCAAGCUCAUUUUAUGUCUGAAAGUGGCAUUAUAGAUUUUUUUAUAAUGCUUGGUCCAAAACCUAUGGAUGUUACUAGACAGUAUUCCUUAUUGACUGGAACUGCUCCUUUGCCACCUAUAUUUUCUCUAGCUUAUCAUCAAUGCAGAUGGAAUUACAAUGACCAAAAAGAUGUGCAUAAUGUAGAAACUAACUUUGAUGUUUAUGAUAUACCUAUGGAUGUCAUGUGGCUUGAUAUUGAACAUACGGAUAGUAAAAAGUAUUUCACAUGGGAUCCAAUUAAGUUUUCUAAUCCUAUUGAAAUGAUAAGGAAUUUAACUAAUAAGGGUAGAAAAUUAGUAACAAUUGUCGAUCCUCAUAUAAAACGUGAUUCAAAUUAUUUUUUGCAUAAUGAUGCUUUGAAUAAUGAUCUUUAUGUUAAGAAUAAAGAUGGUAAUGUUUAUGAAGGUUGGUGUUGGCCUGGAUCUUCAAGUUAUUUAGACUUUUUAAAUCCAAAAGUUCAAGAAUAUUAUGUUUCUCGCUUUUCGUUCAAUAACUAUGUGGGUUCAAACGAGGAUCUCUAUAUAUGGAAUGACAUGAAUGAACCAUCAGUGUUUAAUGGACCAGAAGUAACUAUGCCAAAAGAUUGUAUUCAUUAUGGUAAUUAUGAACAUCGUGAUAUACAUAAUAUUUAUGGACUUAUGCAAGUAAUGAGCACCUAUGAAGGUUUAAUUAAAAGAUCAAAGGGAAAUAAACGUCCUUUCAUAUUAACAAGAUCACAUUUUGCGGGUACACAACGUUUUGCUGCAGUUUGGACAGGAGAUAAUAUAGCCGAAUGGAGCCAUUUAAAAAUAUCUAUACCAAUGUGUUUAUCACUUGCUAUAUCAGGUAUAUCAUUUUGUGGAGCAGAUGUUGGAGGUUUCUUUAAUAAUCCGGAUAAAGAAUUAUUUAUCCGGUGGUAUCAAACAGGAACUUACUUACCAUUUUUCAGAGGUCAUUCUCAUAUAGAUACUAAACGUAGAGAACCCUGGUUGUUUGAUGAACAAACUACAAGUUUGGUACGGGAAACUAUAAGAACUAGAUAUAGUUUAUUACCAUUAUGGUACACUUUGUUUAGAAAUCAUGAAUUGACUGGUGCACCUGUCAUACGGCCUCUAUUUUUUGAAUUUCCAUUCGAAGAUAAUGUUAAUAACAUUGAUAAUCAAUUUAUGAUUGGAAAUAGUCUUCUAGUGUGUCCUGUUACAGAGCCUAAUGUUCAAGAAAUCUCAAUCUACUUUCCGGGUAAAGAUGAAGUUUGGUAUGAUAAAGAUAAUUUUCAGCCUAUUAAAAUUAAUGGUUUUGUUAAAAUACCAGUUCCAAUCAACAAAAUUCCAGUGUAUCAACGAGGAGGUACAAUAAUUCCUAUUAAACAACGUGUGCGCCGUUCUUCUUCUCUAAUGAAAGAUGAUCCUUACACUCUUAUGGUAGGUAUUGAUUUAAAGGGCACUGCUAAAGGCAGUUUAUAUAUAGAUGAUGAAGAUAGUUUUGAAUACCGUGAUGGUAAAUUUAUUCAUUUAGAGUAUGAAUUUAUAAAUAAUCAACUGAUAUCAAAAUGUAUCCAUUGUAUUACUUUAACUACUAAUUCAUGGUUGGAAAAAGUUAUGAUAAUUGGAAUUCCUUCUGUUUUUUCAAAAGCCAGUAUACAUUCAAAAGAGGGUAGCACAACAGAGUUAACUGUUUUGUAUAGUGCCAGCAAUCAAGUUUUAACAAUACGAAAGCCAUCUAUCAACAUAGCUCAAAAUUGGACUAUUAUUUUACUUUAAUCAAUAUUAUAUAUAUUGUAUCAUGAAGUUAUUGAUAAGGAAUGUCUAUAAUUAUUUUACUAUAAAUUUAAAAUAGGUUUGAAUAAAUAGAUAAUCUGAACUGUUAUUGGUAGAGAAUUUUUUGUAAAUUUGAUUAUAAUACUUAAUUUUGCUUAAAUAUAUGUAAUUUUUUUAAACUGUA